UGUCAGCGAGUGCAACAGGGUAGGACUUGAGGAGGAGGAAAGCCAGCUUCCCCCCCCAAGGGCCGUCGGAGGCCACUGCCCACCAUGACGGAGUGGACCCUUCUCAAACGCCUCUUGGACGCCGUGCACCAGCACUCCACCAUGAUCGGCCGCCUGUGGCUCACCGUCAUGGUCAUCUUCCGGCUGCUCAUUGUCGCCGUGGCGACUGAGGACGUGUACGCCGACGAGCAGGAGAUGUUUGUUUGCAACACGCUGCAGCCGGGCUGUUCCACCGUGUGCUACGACGCCUUCGCGCCCAUCUCGCAGCCACGCUUCUGGGUCUUUCACAUCAUUACCGUGUCCACGCCCUCGCUCUGCUUCAUCAUCUACACCUGGCACAACCUGUCCAAAGGCCCCGGUGGAGAGCAAGGGGACGAACGGAAGGUGUACGAUCGGAGCUGCGACUCCGACAGCUGCUCCAUCCGCUCCCAUAAGCAUCUAGACCCAAACAACAUGGCGCCCGUGAGCCAUGCCCGAGCCGGCCCCUUCAGGGUGCGGGGUGCACAGGGUCUCGGGACCUCCGGCGGGGUUCUGUCCAAAUGCUAUGUCUUCCACGUGUGCCUGCGGGCCGUCCUGGAGCUGGGCUUUGUCCUGGCCCAGUGGAAGCUGUUUGGCUUCCGGGUGCCUGUGCACUUCCUGUGCACAUCGGCGCCAUGCAGCCAGCCGGUGGACUGCUACGUCUCCCGGCCCACGGAGAAGACGAUAUUCCUGCUCUUCAUGUUCUGCGUGGGUGUUUUCUGCAUCCUGCUCAAUCUGCUGGAGCUCAACCACCUGGGCUGGAAGAAGAUCCGGCAGGUAGUGCGGCUGAGGGAGAGGAGGGCGUCCUGGGGAGGGUGUCCCGGUAUGAGGGGGGGGUAUGAGACCUUCCCUGCGGACAGCCCCUCACCCACAUGCUCCCUAGGCUUUAGGGGCGUGACCGGCACCACCUCCCUGCCCACCCUGGGCCUUGUGGUGGGCCAUCGGCCCGACUGGAGCUGCGCUGCGCCCGGGGACAACGACCCAGGGAAACCCAACACUCAGGACUCCCAGAGGGGAGAGAGGCAGCCUCUGAAGAGUCAGAGAGCCGUCAGAGAGUCCAAACAGAGGAGCGCCGAGGUCUGGAUCUAGUUUAGACCGCGGGGAUGCACGCCGCUGCCUUUCUUUGUGGAGUUGGAAAGUAACAAAAUACAAUUACUCAGGUUUCUAUAAUUGAGUAGUUAAAAAAAAAGUA